UAACUGCCGUGCUUUCAUCGUGAUUGGCGGGCCAGGAGCUUUGGUGUGUCUCCAUCUAGAACAAGUGCACACACAGUACAGGCAGCAUUGGAUACAUUUCACCGUCAUAUGAGCACUUACACGCUCUCGCGCUAGUCCUAGCUCUAGUGUUUUUCUCUGCCUGCCCGGCGUGUGUUCCGGGAUAGGAUUUCUACAACCACCGUCCACUUGUGAUUACUCAGCGGGGCUGACAGCUCGUUUCGUCCCGUGGACCCGCCGCUCCCAAGCCAGUCUGCAAUCCAUGAUAUCGAACCCAUCUCUUCGAACAGGGCUUCAUACCGGCGCCUAGCGCCCAGUCACACCGGUCAGUGCAGUGGUUGGUUGCUGCAGGUUGCUUGCGGGAAUUUAUGAUGAGAUCUGUAGUCUUACCCGAAGUCUGACUUGGCGAUUUGAGACUUGUUGUGGAGUGAAAAGAUCUUGGAAAAGGAUUUUGGAGAAAGAAUUCGGAAGAGGAAUUCGCUAAUGAUGUUCCCUCAAGCUAGCCUGGUUGAUCGACUGGCUAUCUUUAUUCCCCUAGUACUGCUGUGGUUGUCAUCAUUCCGGGCCCAAGCCCAGGCUAUCGCAAAAUGCUGGGUGUUCUCGCCUGUUGUGGAUGAAGCUUCGGUACGUGCGGAGGUAUCCACAGUGAGUACGGUAGAGCCGGGUACCAGUCGGCAGCUAUGGAGUGUGUCAUCCAGAGUCACGUGGGACAGACCACAAACACUUGGUUCAGACGGAGCUUACGCAGUCAGCGUGCUUCGGAUGCCGUCAUUCCAGGCACCUCAAUUUUGUACCAUGGAAGAAAAUGAAGUCCUUGUGCACACAGAGGAGCAUACCUUUACCGGCUUGGACUUUGGUUUUCUAUACGAAUUCACGGUAUUCGUUUUAAAUGGUACCAGUAUGGCCAAGUCGCUGGUGGGGGUCUCCAAAGGAUUUGGCACUCCAGACUGUUUUCAGGCCACAGCGGAUCGGGAAUUCUGCAGGGGUGCCGUUGUUCAGUCUGCUGGAGCCCCCAUCGAGCCUCGUCUUGAAUCUCAAUGUCAGCAGGAGAAUAGCGCCCUCAUCACAGCCCGUUUGUCUUGGGAACCGCCCAUCCAGCUGAAUGGACACAUCACAGCCUAUAAGCUGCAAUACUCCGAGCCUGACGCCCCGCCUGGUACCCUGCCUGAGGUGGUUACCGCAAUGCCUGAGUCUACCACACCUGAGGGAAGAGUGACUACCGAUCUGCGGAACAUGACGCUUGGGUCAUCUUACACAGUGCUGAUUUCAGCUUUUGUCAUUGAUCCCGAGGAUGGCAGCUUCAAGGAGGGCUUGCAAGUCGAAUUGAAAUUCCGAAUCACACGCACUACUACCAAUGUUCCAAUCUGUCCCAAGCCAGUCCCGACCACGCCCCCUCCACCCACAGCCCCACCCAUGAUUACCACCCCGCCUCCCAAGCGACGGCCCAAUGCGAGCGCCCAGCAACCAACCCCUGCUGAAAAGCCUCAGAAACCCGGCAACGGUGGCACGCACCGCCCAGGCCACACCCCGACCCGCCCUUCCCACGAGCAUCACCAGCCGACAACUGUUUCCACCACUAAGGGUGAUGUGAAGGAGAAACCAGUACCAACUUCUAAGAAGGCGGGCAUAGCAAUAGCCGCUUGCUUGGUGUCUCUAGGAAUCAUCUGUGCUGUGGUCAUGAUCGUCUUGCAUGUCGUAAAGGGUAAAAUGUCUAAGAAACCUAGACCGGACACCAAAGGAGCACAAAAAGGGAAGAAAACAACCACAUCCCCUGCCUAACAAACAGUGAAACCCGGUGUAAUUAUUGGCGGGAAAUUUGUAAUCAUUUUGUAUCUACAACGAGUAUUUAGACCCGUACAUAUGGAGUAUCGUAGCCAAUUUCAAGAUCAAGAAUGAUAUUGUUCAUAAUUUUCAAUAAAAUGACAAAAUUCACUUACCAUCAAUCCUUUAAGAACACCAGUUUGUCCCGUUCCUCUCGUAAAACGUUUGUCAAUGAUUGUAACCUACCGUUGCGGUCCUGAAAUACAGAACGCAAGCAGAACUAUUCAUAUAUGAAAUUAUGUUGGCCCUGAACUUGAAAGAAGGACAUGUUAUAUGAAAACCAUACAAAUGGCCAAAUCACGAGAAAUCCGGGCAUGCGAUAAUUAUUUCACCAUACCGUACGUGUGGAGCCUAUAGGCCUUUAAUUAUAUCAUCAUUAUCUUUACUUGUAAUUAGGCUCAAAUUCAUACAAAGCCUGUUACAUAGUUUGCAUACUGGUUUUCAAAAUCAAUUCCAACAUUGUGGAAAAAAAUAUGCCAGUUGGGCUAAAAUGGCAACUAUCGGUUAAAUUAACUAAACUGAUUUCUCCACAAUGCGUUUCCAAGUGUGGAGGUUCCACGUUUUCUAUUGUUUAUGUUACACGCAUUUAUCUUGUCCAUAAAGUCGGCGAUUUACGGUUUUUGAAAUCUACUUAAUCGUUGCAGUUGAGGCUGCCAAUCUAUAUUCAUCUCUUAACCUUUGAACUAUUUGCCAAUUAUUCGCAAUCACACCUUCUUGAAUUUCCCCGCCAGUGGUAGUUUGGACACAUAUGGAGGACAGGCUGUGGUGUAAUAAUUAUCGGCGACUCGUGGAAAAACAAGAGACAAAUUUACGGUUGUUAUUUCAGGCGCGCGUACAAUAAUUAUUCAUCUUGAGUAGACAGUGGAAAUUGUAUCGGCGUCGUAUUUUGCAUAUUUUGAUUACUUGUGUUCAAAGAUUUCAGUGUACAUGUAUUAAAGUUUUACAUUAAUGUACAUUAAUGUGACGUGUUGAGGAAAAACGAACAAGUUAUUUUAUCUAUUGUAACACUUUUGUGGGUGAAAUGAAUGAAUUUGGUAUCACUGUGACGUCAAAUAAUUAUUAUGCAACAUGUUCACGGUAACGAAUUGUUUGUAAAUAUUAACAACACUAUUGGCACUUUAUUAGUGAAUAGGCCUACAAGUUAUAUUUGUAAAUGUAUUAAGUGGUUCGCAAAAGGUUUUAAGUGUAGGUUUAUAGAGAAGUAAUUUGUAAAUAAUUCAUGUCAAUAGAUGUCUUUUAUAGAAUCAGAUGAAUAACAUUGUGAUGUGUUGGAAUAUUAAACUGUAUCCAGUGAUAAAAUA